GCCAACCUGUAUAUCACUGUGCCCGCAUGGUGGGUUAUGGCCCGUUCCCCCUAUUUAAUCUAUAUAUCUAUAGGGAAGGCUUAUGCUCCAGCAGUGGGAACGUUUAAGGACAAAACUGAUUGAAGCAAGAUUUACGCAAUACUGUUGUGUAAAUCAAUAGGACUACCAAAGCUGCGCUAAGCGCCAACAUAAUUGGAGUUCGCGCAUUGCGCGCCAUUGCUCCACAUAUCUAGAAAAAGGCUGAUAGGUAAUCCUUGCAGUGGCUGCUGGAUUCAACAGUGGUGUGUUCAGUUCAUAAUCUGUUAACUUGGUAAAAGUGCAACGAAUCAGCUACAAAAUCUAUGGAGCGUGCUGUUUUUCAGUGAAAAAAUAAUUUGUAUUCAAAACAAUGUUGAAUUCAUUUUUCCGAGGCCUUUUUGGUGCCGAAGACACCCCAACAAAAGUUCUCGAAGUACGUUCAGACAGAUACAUAUCAAGACCGGUGCGUUACAGAGAAGAUUCAAUGUUAUUGUAUGCCCCGAGUAACCCUCCGGAUUCGAAAAAUUCCACUGAAAGAUUCUUUGAAAUAAUAUUACACAAGCCCGUUGCUGAAAAUCAUAAUCAUAUGUAUAGCUUGUUUCGUUCAGAAAACCAAGAGGAAGCUGAAGAAAGGUUCAUAAUUUACAAGGGAAAAAUACCGCAAUUCAUUAAUAUAACAAAAGAAUGCACAGUGGCAAGUCUUCAAAAAUUAUGUGACACGUUAUCGGAAUACAAGUCCUGGACCAUUGCCCACUUGGUUGCACACAUUGGACCUUAUACCUUAUUCAAUUAUCCGGAGGUUCAGAGGCACUUAGAUGACGCUGACCCUUUCACAGGCAUCACACCUAUAAUGGUGGCAGUGAAGAAUCGUAAUUUGCGUAUGGUCCAGAGUAUUGUCUCUUUGAACUGCAAGUUGGACGUUAUAGACCGUGAAGGGAAUAGUGUGUUCCACUAUGCUGCUGCGAGUAACAAGGAAAUCAUCUAUGUUUUAGCAAACAAGGCAGCGUUCUCGUUGAACGUAUACAAUAAGCAGGGCUACACUCCUCUUCACUUGGCGUGCGUAGCAAACGAACCUGACUGCGUGGAGUCUUUAUUGCUCGCCGGCGCCGAUGUCAACCGUAGCGCUGCUAACAGAUCCACAUUGCCAGGCAGUUCAGGCCACGAUCAGAAACUCAACCAACAAAACAUACAUGGAGGCAGUCCUUUACAUUUGGCCAUAUCCAGAGAAGUUAUCGAAAUUUUAGUAGACAAGAAUUGUGAUAUAAACAUGCUCAACUUCGACGGACGUACAGCCUUGCAUAUAAUGGUGUUGGAUGGAAGGCUAAAAUGUGUGAUAGCUCUAUUGUCUUGCGGUGCGGAACACUCUGUGGGAGAUAAGAAUGGCAAUACCCCUCUCCAUUUAGCAGUAAAGAAGGCGAACAUAUCGAUUGUCCAAGCUCUGAUUGUGUUUGGAGCAAAUUUAGAAGCGGUUAAUAACGAAGGUUAUACGGCCAGACAUUGCGUGCCGACGGAAAAUACCAACAGCGUUUAUAAAAAGAUCUUGUAUGUGUUACAUGCCGUGGGGGCUAAGAGGUGUUCCGCUGACAUUACUGGAUGUAGACCGGGAUGUACUCACCAAGGGGAAUACAACGGGAUUCCACCACCACCUGCAGCACGAGCAUCUACCAGGAAGGUCGUCAACGAGAUGCUCGCACUCGCCGGUAUGGAAAGAGCUUCGUCCUGCAAGGAUCAUCAGAACAUUGGAAAGUUACUUUGUCUAGACGGUGGCGGCAUAAAAGGUUUGGUUCUAGUGCAAAUUCUAUUGACCCUAGAAGAAGUUCUUGGCAAGCCUAUCAUAUCCUGCUUUGAUUGGGUCGCGGGAACUAGCACUGGUGGCAUACUAGCCCUCGCUUUGGCAUGCGGCAAAUCACUGAGGGAUUGCCAGAGGUUAUACUUGAGGAUGAAGGAAAAAGCUUUCGUUGGUAUCAGACCGUACCCUACCGAGGGUUUGGACAACAUAUUGAAGGAAUGUUUUGGUACAGAGACGGUAAUGGCGGAUAUAAAGCAUCCGAAGCUCAUGAUCUUAGCUGUGUUAGCAGACAGAAAACCCGUGGACCUUCACAUCUUUAGAAAUUAUCAGUCUGCGCAAGAGACGUUGGACACAUAUAAUGGAACUUCCAGUCCUCCAGCGGAGGCUGGGGAUCAAGAUUCGGUUGUGUAUUUACCGGCGCCAGCACCCCCCAGCGAGCAGCUAGUAUGGCAGGCAGCCAGAGCAUCAGGCGCUGCGCCAUCCUACUUCAGAGCCUCCAGCAGAUAUUUGGAUGGGGGUCUGAUUGGCAAUAAUCCCACAUUGGACGCGCUUACUGAGCUGUCAGAACUGCAUUUAGCGUUGAACGGUAUUGGGGAAUUCGAGGAAGCGAAGAAGGCAAACUUGAAAGUAGUCGUGUCCUGUGGAACAGGUAUGAUACCCGUUACAAAGUUACAAGAGAUUGAUGUGUUUAAACCCGAGAGUAUAUGGGACACUGCGAGACUGGCCUGGGGGUUAUCUGUGAUUGGGAAACUGCUAGUGGAUCAGGCGAUGCAGUCCGACGGACGCGUAGUAGAACGAGCCCGUGCAUGGUGUAGUUCCCUGGGAGCUUCGUAUUUCCGUUUCUCGCCGCAAAUGUCCGCUGAUAUAGCACUGGAUGAGCGAGCAGACGACCGGCUAGUUACCAUGCUGUGGGAGACACACGCGUACAUGCGCGAGCACCACGAUGAGGUCGAGAAGCUGGCGGCACUGCUUCGUGACUGAGAUAACACGUCCACGGAAUUGUGUCCCAGCAGUGGGAUCACAGAAUACAGAACACCAUCAUUACCACUUAUGUUAUAUUUUCUUAGUGCUAAUCCAGAACUCGGAACAUUUAUUUAGUUUUGUAGAAUAGAGACUGAUAAUGAUGUAACUAACGCACCAAUAAAUACAUAAGAAAAUAAUAAAAAAUACUGAUAAGUUCGGAACUGACUUUGCUAUUUUCUUUACAAAUGUUACUAUGAAGGUAUCAUGCUAAUGUUUAAGGUGCGCUGAAGUCACAGUGUAAACGUAGUGUGAGACGCCCUGAGACAAGAUGGGAUGAUGACAUUCGUAGGCUGGCUGGCGUGAGCUGGAUGAGAGUGGCAGAAAAUCGGGAGCAGUGGCGUGCAUUGUACCUAUGUCCAGCUGUGGACGAGCAUGGGUCGAUGAUGAUGAUGAUGAUGAUGAAGUCACAGUGAACAGGUGCCUGAAGACCUCGAAGUACUGUGUUCCGGAGUAAGGAUCGCAAUAUUGGACCUCUCUGCCAAUUUAGAUAUUUUAGAUACCUAUUGAAGAAUUAGGAAUGUCGAAUUUCGAUAUUUACGAUAUUUUCGAUACUGAAUGUAUUUUCACAAGUAAUUAUAGUAACCUUUUUAUUAAUUAAAAAUGUUUACCUAAGCGCAAGUUUUCUAUCAUACUGAUUCGAAAAAAUAAUCUUUACAUUUUAUGUAAUCGCAUCCCAAAUCAAAGCGAAUUUGCGACAGGAAUUCUUCCUACAUGGCCACGUAUUGAC